AUGCCAAAAGAUUACGAGAAAGAUAUUGGCAAUCAAGAUAGUGAGCAGUGGCAGGAUAUUAGAAAUGCAAGUAAAAAAUACUACCCUGAGGUGAAAGGAUAUUCUCCCGAAGAAAAUUCGGCAAGGUAUAGGGCUCAGACUGACAUGAGGAAUGGAGCUAGAGGAUAUUAUUCUGAUAUAAGUCAUAUGACUCCUAACAUAAUGGUGAAAAGUAGAGACUCAGGAUUGGAUCAUGGAUAUCACUCUAGAGGAGUAGCAAGGUCUCCUCCUCCAAGAAUCUCACACGAAGAUGCAGAUCUGAGCGAUGCCAUGAUGUUUUUGAACAAAAUCAAGGAAGAGUACAUAAAUGACAUGGUAACCUAUGAUAACUUUUUGGAAACAAUGAGAGAUUUCAAGUUUGGAAAGAUUGAUGCUGAAGAGGUUUGUAGGGCUGUUAGGGUCCUAUUUAGAGACAAGGCUCAUCUUAUAGAAACAUUUAAUGAUUACUUGCCUGCCCAUUUGAAGUUUUAUGGGAAUUCUUCUUCUGGAAUUGAUUCAGUGCCUCAAUUACCUGGCAGACAAGCAUCAUCCAUAGGGUCUCCUUCGCAAUAUAGGGGGAGCCCAUAUGAACCUGGUGGAAGAAUGCCUAAACCUCAACUAGGGAUGAAUCCACUACCACAUAUAAAUCCUCAUUAUGGGGUUCAUCAAAGUUAUGCAACCCAACCCCCUAUUAUGCAUUCGUCUGUGAAGGUAACAAGUCAAGGCGGGAAGUAUAUGGCCUACGAUCAGAAAAGAAGUGAGGAUUUUGAAAGAAUGAAGGCAAGACAGGCACAAGAUUUUAUUCAAAGGGUCAAAAAGCGAUAUUCACACAAUCCUAGUGUUUAUAGGUCUUUUGUAGAGAUUCUUCAGUCACAUCAAGUGAAAAAUGGGUUGUUUGAGAAAAUGAAGGCUGAGGUGAACAGUCUAUUAUGGGAAAGCCCUGAUUUAUGUGAGGAUUUUGAAAGAAAUUUUGUACCAGCAAGAAGGUACAUGAUACAUGAUGAAAAAAAUAUUCUUCAAAGGAUCAAGGAACUUUUGAAAAGCAAGGAUCUUCUUGAUGACUUUCUAAAGUGUAUCAACUACUUCAAUCAAAAGUUCAUUAAUGAGAAGGAUCUUCUGGAUCUAAUAUCACCUCUUCUAAAGGAUGAAGAGCUCAUAAAAGGGCUCAAAUCUUUUAUCAAUUACAAGGAGCCCUUGAGAGAGACACCAAGGAGUCUUGAAAAAUAUAGAAAGGAGGGGUCUUAUAGAAUUCUUCCCGAGGAGUUAAGAAGUGAAAGGCAAGACCCUAUAUCCAGAGAGGUACUGAAUUUCACAUGCAUAGGAUGUCCAACUUUCGAGUCCGAAGAUUCAAAUUACGUAUUUCUGAAACGCAAUGUACAUGAGGAAGCACUAUUUAGAAUUGAGGACGAGAGGUCUGAGGCGGAUUUGGCAAUUGAAAGAAUUCAAUAUUUCAUAAACUCCUUAGAGCAAAUAAUCAGUCUCAACAAAGACUCUGAAAUUAGCAUGAGAGAUAUAAAGAUGUCGUCGGGUAUCAUAAAGGAAAUUUUAAAGAGCAUUUACGAUAAAUCUGCACCAGAAAUACUUGAAGGGAUUCUGAUGAAGCCUCACAUAGCCAUACCAAUUGUAAUUAAAAGACUUUAUAUGGUGAACAAGAAGCUUAGACUUUGCAUGAGAGAAAAGAGAAAGAUAUGGAGAGAAGUCAUGGAAAGAAAUUAUCACAAGGCACUGGAUGUUGUAGGGCCAUCCCAUAAGUCUUCCGAAAAAACUAUUUUCACUACAAAGAAUAUCGUGGAGACUGGGGAAAAAGGACUAAAAGCUUCAAUAGAUGACCGGGAUGUUGUCACUGACGUUAUGGAUCUUUGCAAAGCAUACAUAAAAGCCAAUCAGACAGAUGGCAAGAAAGCGCUUGUGUCUAACAUGAAUUCAGUUUUGGAGUCCAUCUUCAAGAAACUUGAGAUGAAUGAGUUUACCAUUGUUUCGGAUUUCCCUCUUCUCUGCAUUUUUAGGUUUGUUAUUAUAGUGUACGAAAGGCUUUUAGAAAUUAAGAAAAUGGAUCCAAUCAAUUCUAAGCUAGAACAGCCUAAUACCUCCAAGUAUCUUGAAGUGAAGAACUUAUGUAUCGAGUUCAUGAAAAAGAAUAUUGAUGGACAUACUUUUGAGGAUAAAAUUAGAGAACUUACUGAUUGUAAAGGAUUUAAGCUUUACAACAUAAAGAAAAUGAUUUCCAAAAUAGAAAAGCAAAUCAUAAUUCUGAUUGAAAAUAAGCAAUCGUUUGACUCUCUUCAUGGAACAAGUGAAUUUGACUCUGGAGAGACACUUUAUUACUUCAAAAAGAUUAAGGAUGAUAUUGAGAUUGGGGUUAUAGAGCCCGAAGAAGACGAAAUGUGGGACGAAUAUAUUGAAAAAUUCGAAACACUGGCACCUUGCGAGGAAAUACCAAUCUCGAAUGCUCCUUUCCUUCCAAGAACUUGUAAGAAGCCUCCAAUAACAGGAUAUUUGAAACAAGAUCUGAAAAUACAAUUGAAUCCUAUGACUUACAAAAUUAAGUACAUCACCGAGACAGAGUCUCUUUAUAUGAGUCCCAGGAUUUCUCCAAAAAGAAAAUAG